UUAGUGUUCCCUUUAUUUUUUUGAGCAGUGUAUAUUUUUUAUCACAUUUGAUGAACCUCUCCCACCCCUGAUCUCAAGUAAACCCCUGGUGGGAAUCAAAUAGUGUAACAUUUAGGUUAGCUGGAAGUUAAAGUUCACUAAAGUGCAUAUGGCAGAAAAGUAAAAAAAUGUGUCAUAGUCAAUUAUGACAGACUGUUAGAUUAAAAAGUAAUUAUAUUAUAAUAACACUAACCAUGUUUGGAGAUUUGAAUUAUGUAUUACACCACUGUCGCAUUUAGUUUUUUUGCACUGACAGCCCUUAUAAUUUUCUCUCCUUGAUGUCAGAAAUACUGCUUGUGUUCUUCCUUCCCCUCUAGUGAGGGACUAAAAUUCAUACCUGGGAAACGUGGGGAGUGGAAUCUCUGGCCAUGUGGGUGGGGCUUCAGCUAAGGAAAUUCAGCUCGUGCAAUGUGUUGCCAACCUUGUGGACAACCACUCCUACAUGGURUCAUGUGAUUAUUAUACACUUGACAGUUCACAUCAACUUUGUGGCAGGCUACACACGUCAAUGCUCGCAGAGAACAUGGCUGAUACAGUAAGAAUCUUAUUUAUCUGGUUGAGUUGUGAUAAUUAGAAGUUUAAUUUAAUGUAAAUUACAAUUUGUUGUAAUAAAGGUCAYCAUCUCUUCUGUUGCUCUUGCAGAGGUUUUUGGAAAGGUAAGCUGCUUAAAGUUUUCACACGAUAUAUGUAUAAUUUUGAAAAUGUAUAGAUGACAUUGUAAAAUGUUAUAUUAGCAUAGAACAACUAUCUUUUAAUAUGGUCAAAUGAAAAUAACCAGUUAUCUGAAAAGUUGUCAUAAUCUGUUAGACAGAAGCAUCUUGUUACAAAAAUCAAAUAGUAGGCUAAGUUCAUGAUCUUGUAACUUGUUUAAUUAAGAGAAAUCAGUGAAUUAAGAUCUUCCCACAGAGUAAUGCUUUCAUAAAAUGACAAAGUGGUCGAAUCAAGAAUGAUCAGAUGGGAAUUUUCUGAAUAUGAUGUUGACUAUCGCAGGGCAGAAGWUUUUCGAAGUGAGGACGGUUUCCAAACAAAUGCAGCAAAAAUAAUUUGCGGAGUGGUGGAACUUUGUGCAAAUCACGAAAAUAUGCACAUUAUAACAUUAGCAGAAGAGAUGCUUCAUAGCAUCUUUUUCCUAGGUAACAUACAUGUACGAAAGUGCUCUCCGGAAAUGAUCUUGUCAAGCGGGAUGCUGGAGAGAGUGAGGMAAGUGUUUCCGAGACCACUGGCGAGUUACAGCACGAAACUGCCUCGUCGGACACCCUUCUCCUGUCUACUAGAUAUGGUUGUCACCCUAAGGACAGAAGAGGACACAGAAGAUGAUAUCAAAAACCRUCUGUCCAAUCUCAUCACAAGAUUGGGUUUGGUUGGUGAUCACAACUUGAUCGCGGCAACAAUAUGCGUCUCCUACUACACUGAUGACCAACAUAAACCGAUGUUUCAUUACUAUGGGGCAUCUUUGUCCAGCACUGGGUACAAGGAACGAAAGAUCCUGAUUGCCUCAUCUUGUGUACACACAUGGCACCAUUAUGUGUCACUUGCUGUUAUGGAAAAAACGCCUGUGACAUUUAUAAGGCCAGUCAGAUGCAGAGCUUUUAGUGUGGAUAGCAUCCAUACAGAAAAGCCACCUUGUAAACCCUGCCGUGAGCUCUUCAAGCUCGAGCACGCAGAUCCUCCGACUGGCAACAACAUCUAUGGUAAUUGUGCUGAGGUGGAGAGCCUGAGCAAAUUACUCUGGAAUGAAGACGAACGGCUCAGAAGGGUAAGAGAUCGUACGGGAAUAAAAACAAAGGCAAUAAAAACCUUGUCAAACAGAUUGAAAGAGUUUGGUCUUGUGUCCUAUGAUGCCGACGAAGUGUUUCGGCCUCCACCUACCAGGAGGAUAUAAUAAGGCAUUUUGCUAUUUUUCACAAAUAUAACAUUUGAUGUAUCCUAUUUAAAUUGUUUGCCUUACAAGUUAAAUUAAGUAUACCCCUAUAUGUGUAUACCCCUAUUGCUUUGAAAGGUUUUCUUUUGUAUACCUCUUUAUAAGUCACAUUAAAAUGUGUUUUUCCUCAUUUCCACUAUUUGUUUUCAUUCUAGUUGACUCCGUAAACAUAAUAUAAGAAUGUAAAACAUUGUUAGUCUGGUCUGGGUCUCUGUCUACAAAAAAUAUCAGAUUCAAAUGAUAGUUUUUCUUUGCAAUGAUUGUAUUAUAAUUUUUUUUACUGUAAGAAAUGUUUGCCAUCAAUCCCACAGUCAGCACUACUGGCUAAUUAAAUAUUACUUUAAUAUUUGUAUGUAUUACUCUGUAUCUUGCUUGUCAUUUUACAUUGUUCAGUAAGUGCUCAUUUCAGAAGUGCUUUUGGCUACUAUGUUUUCUAUGAAAGGUGAUAAAUAAAGUCUAUACAUUUUA